GCUUUUGCCACUCUAAGAUGCCUUUCUACUCAUGCAGCGACCGUCAUAGUGGAAUCCGCAACUUAAUUGGUCCGACACAACACAACACGGCAAUGCACAUCAGGUCCAACACGACACGACAAUACACCACCGUGGAUGUAUUCGCUCCAAUCCCAAUUGGCGUAACGUGUAUGCGCGAUACGAUGCUGUGUUUGUAGAGACCGAAUCGGAGCUUUCUGGCAUGUGGGGCACGAUGAUUGGUGAUAGUCCGGUUUUACGCCUCCCGUUCGAAAGAAACGGGCACCAUAAUCUACAAGUUAUUGUUGGAAUCCAUUGCGUGUGCAGCCCCCUUUUUGGUUCAUCUCCUCUCCCGGAGGAUUUCCAUUUUUCUCGAUCAUUGGAUGCAUUUUGUGCUAUUUUCGUUAAUCAGUACACUGAUCAGCAUCAUACACAUAAAUUUUUACAAGAGUAACUGUACAUAGUCAUAGUAAGAUAUGUAACCGCAAUCACAGUAACUUGUCAACUU